ACACAUGUGUAUUUAUAUUGCGUGUAUAUAUGGUGAAAUGAUAAUUAAAUGUUCAUAGCUGGGAAAGCCACUGAACAGAAUCCUUGUCGUGAUCCAGACGAUCAACAUGGAGCUGUUAGGUGUGUCUGCCAUCAUGCUUGGCUGCCUUGUGUUGCUAGCGGAAGUCACGUGUCUGAUACAGCCAAUCAAAAUGCCAGACGAGCUUUCGUCGUGCUAUUCUGAGAGAACAUGGAAUCUCAGUGUAACAGAGCUUCCCUCCCAAGACAUCAACAGUUUCUGUAUCAACCAGUAUCUGUGGGUUACCGCUGGAACUAGAUACCAUCACGAGGUUUCCAAUGAAACCAUGUCCUACAUUGGGGCACUGUUUAGGAAGGUUUCAGGAGAUCACUGGAAUCAUCGACAUAAAAGACAGCUCUCAUUGAGUUUAUUUCGCAGGCGCCGAAGGGAACUUAGGACACUGUCUCAACAAGAAUGGGAUGACUUUGUAGGAAGAAUGAAUUGGCUGAAAAUGCAAACGGACGUUUCUCCUAACCGGUUUGACGCUCUGGCCAGUUUUCACCAGGGAAUAGCAUCACAUUCUGCACAUGGAGGUCCUAACUUCUACGGCUGGCACAGACUUUACCUGUUGUUGGUGGAAACUGCUCUCGGUGUUUCUAUUCCAUAUUGGGAUACCUCACUAGACUUCAAAAUGAUCGAUCCCACCAGAUCUAUCGUCUGGAGUAGAAGAUAUUUUGGAAACGGUAAUGGGCUCGUGAUCAACGGUCCAUUUAGGGGGUGGCAGACAUUUGGAGUACCCCUGACAAGAAACAUCGGUAGUGACGGGUCACUUUUGUCGCAAAGAGUCAUCAACAGAGUUCUGUCUCAAAUAUACGGCUUCCAGAUCACAGAGGGAUCAGCAUCGCCUAUAUUCAGUCUUGAGGGUAUCCACAAUGGACCCCAUGCAUGGUUGGAUGGCGCUAUGGGCGUCUCGGAAACGUCUACAGCUGAUCCCGUGUUCUAUUGUCUCCACGCACAUAUAGAUUACAUUUGGGAACAAUUCAGACACAAGCAGAGACAAUAUGGAAUCAAUCCUGCCAGAGAUUACCCACAAUCCUCGCGUAUCUUUCACGAUCGCAUGCGCCGAGUUGACGGAUUUCCUGCGUUAACAAAUAUUGAUUGUUAUAGCGAUUUCUUCGGAGAUCUGGUACAGUAUGAAGCGCCUCCGUCCUGUCCUGUUUGUGGAAAUCCGUAUUUGUUCCGCUGUGUAAGAGGGGAAUGCAUUCCGAUAGAAAAUCCGGAACUUUUUCCUUCACAGAUAAACAGUCAAAUAGGGUAUGUCCCUGCCGAGCCUUCAAUAGUUAGAAACUUACUUUCGCAAACAGGAGUACGUUUGACGGACCCACGGGUAUAUUCCAGAGGAAUUCAACGCAGAGUGCAGGUACCUCAGAUUCCAUUUAUGUCUCAUUUAAGUGGUCUUCUAUUUAGAAAACGGCGAAGUGCCAACAAAGGCGAAAGACAUAAAAGAAGUCUGGGAAAAGCAUCGAAAAAGGUAAAAAAGAUUUUAAGUGACAACAAUAUUUUAUUCCAUAAAGACUAUGAAAACACUUUCGUCAUAGAUGGAGUAAGAGAUGUCGAUGCUUGGUCCUUUAUUCCGGUGAAAAUAAUUUAUCAACGACCAUCUAAAGAAGCAAGCGACCAAAUGCAAAUAGAUGUUUUAGACAAGCUAUUGCUGGAUGAAGAUUUAGAACUUGCGAAACAUGAAAAAUGCAUAAUCUCAGAUAAUCGUACGUCAAGAGUAUAUGUACAGUCAGAUGGUGUUGAUUAUUCUGGAAGAUACAAAGAUUAUGCUGUGGUUGAUGAAACUGUCACCAUGUCGACUAAAGUGACGUACGUUGGCAUUAAGAACCCGGAUAUAGGUGACGUCACGGCUUAUAUAACCGCAUAUGAUUCGUGUGGAAGAGCGUGCAAGCCCAUGUGCCAAGUGCCCCAUUCUAACCCAAUGAAGUAUAAGCCUUGCUCCGGAACGAUACGCGUCUCAGAUGAGUUACCUCAAAUGUAUUCUCCUUCCUUACUUGAUGCUGUAGAAGAAAUUUUGAGUUUAGAUAAAAAGACAAUAUCGAUCAUUGAUACUCCUAUUGCGUUUGUAUGCGACUAUAACAUAAAAUGGCCUUGGGUAUUGAAUAAAUAAAGGGAGAUAUA